AAAAAAAACCAUCCACUUCUACAAGAACUUGUAUUCCUAUAUAUAGUCUUCAAUCUCUAUCUUUCUCUGCACUAAUUCUCUCACUCAUUCACUUCUUCGGUUCUUCCUGAUAUAUUAUGGACAUUGAUACGGGGAAUGUCAAAUAUGAAGAGGAGUUUAUCUUGAACUCUAGAGGAUUGAAGCUUUUCACAUGCAAAUGGCUCCCAGAAAACAACAAGCCCCCGAAAGCCUUGAUCUUCAUCUGUCAUGGAUAUGCCAUGGAGUGCAGCAUCACCAUGAACAGUACUGCAAUCAGACUAGCCAAAGCAGGCUUUGCCAUAUAUGGUAUAGACUAUGAAGGCCACGGAAAAUCCGCAGGCCUUCAAGGCUACGUCCAAAGCUUUGAUGAUGUUGUCGAUGACUGCACCUCUCACUUCACAAACAUUUGUGAGAGCAAAGAGAACAAAGGGAAGAUGAGGUAUCUGUUGGGAGAGUCAAUGGGAGGAGCUGUGGCUCUGCUUGUUCAUAGGAAAAAGCCAGAAUAUUGGGAUGGUGCGGUCUUAGUUGCCCCCAUGUGUAAGAUUGCAGAUGAAAUGAGGCCUUCUCCUAUUGUGGUCACUGUUUUGACACAGCUCUGUAGGGUUAUUCCAACUUGGAAGUUAAUCCCUACAAAUGAUGUCAUCGAUUUUGCUUUCAAAGUACCCGAGAUCAGACAACAGGUUAGGGAAAACCCCUACUGUUACAAAGGCCGGCCUCGUCUGCAGACCGGCACUGAACUCUUGAGGAUCAGCACAGACCUUGAGCAAAGGCUUCAAGAGGUCACAUUGCCGUUCCUAAUCCUCCAUGGCGAAGAUGAUAAAGUCACCGACAAAUCGGCUAGUAAACAACUCUACGAGGUUGCGUCGAGUUAUGAUAAGACAUUGAAGUUGUACCCGGAAAUGUGGCAUGGUUUACUCUAUGGAGAGCCAUUGGAGAACAUUGAGGUUGUGUUUUCGGACAUAAUCAGCUGGUUAGACAAGAGAUGUUCCAUGGCAAAUUCAAGGUUGGAAGGAGAGUUGAAGAUGGAGAAUGACAAACAAUAAAAACAAACCUUGUUAGAAGUUUAUAGCAAAUACAUACUCGGCAAGAAGUAAACGAUAUUAUAUUUGUUUAUUGGAUUUGUUUUUCUGUUUCCUUGUAUUUCGGGAAUUACUUUGUGAAAGGUUUUACAGAAAGUACAAAACACCACCAGUAUAAUUCAUUACACAAAUGAUGAAAGACAUGGUGCUCCACACUCCCCAUUGUGAAACUAGAUCAAAACCAGGCAGUGUGUUUUAGUCGACACUGGAUCCAGUAUUUUCAAUAACGAUUCUCUUUCACCAACUCAGUUGUA